CUUUAAUGUCAAAAACUGCCGGUUCAAUUGUUGAAUCCAUCUUAAAGAGGGAUCCUCAUGAAGUUGAAUUUUUGCAAUCAGUUCAAGAAGUGAUAAAUUCUCUAGAGCCAGUACUUUUGAAGGGUUCUCAGUAUGCCCAUAUUUUGGAGCGCUUGUUGGAACCAGAGCGAAUGAUCAUUUUUAGGGUUCCUUGGAUUGAUGAUAGGGGAGAGACACAUGUAAAUCGAGGCUUUCGUGUGCGAUUCAGUCAGGUGUUGGGUCCAUGUAGGGGUGGUCUUCGAUUUCACCCGACGAUGAAUCUUAGUAUUGCCAAAUUCAUUGCUUUUGAACAGACCUUGAAGAAUGCCUUAUCACCAUACAAACUUGGAGGGGCUGGGGGUGGGAGCGAUUUUGACCCAAAAGGAAAAAGUGAGAAUGAGAUAAUGCGCUUUUGUCAAAGCUUUAUGGAUGAGUUGUAUCGAUACCUAGGACCAGAUCAGGAUCUACCUGCAGAAGAUAUUGGUGUCGGCCCUAGGGAAAUGGGCUACCUCUUUGGGCGGUAUAGACGUCUUGCUGGUAAUUUUCAGGGAAAUUUUACAGGACCAAAGAUCUUCUGGUCAGGUUCUAGCCUCCGGACUGAAGCUACUGGCUAUGGACUGGUUUUCUUCGCACGGCUUAUACUUGCAGAUAUGAAUAAGGAGCUUAAAGGAUUAAGAUGUGUUGUGAGUGGUGCUGGGAAGAUAGCAAUGCAUGUCCUGGAGAAGCUUCUUGCUUGUGGAGCUAUACCUAUCACAAUUUCAGAUUCAAAAGGCUAUCUCGUCGAUGAUGAUGGUAUUGAUUUCGUAAAAUUUUCUCUCCUUAGGGACAUCAAGGCUCAACAAAGAAGCCUUAGAGAGUACUUGAAGUCUUAUCCUCGGGCCAAGUACUUUGAAGAUGCAAAACCCUGGCAAGAGCCCUGUGAUGUAGCAUUCCCAUGCGCUUUGCAAAAUGAAAUUGAUCAAUCUGAUGCUGUUGCUUUAGUCAAUGCUGGUUGUCGGAUACUUAUUGAAGGUUCAAACAUGCCUUGUACUCCACAAGCUGUUGAUGUUUUGAGGAAGGCAAAAGUUUUGGUUGCCCCGGCAAAGGCAGCAAGUGCUGGAGGGGUUGCUGGAGGGGAACAUGAGCUAAAUCAUGAAUACAAUUUGAUGCAUUGGUCAGCUGAGGAUUUCGAAACUAAAUUACAGGACAUGAUGAAGCAGACAUACGAGAGAUCACUCAAAGCUUCUAGUGACUAUGGCAUCUUGAAGGAUAGCCCUGAAGCUCUUGUUCAUGGUGGAAACAUCUGUGCUUUUCUUAACCUUGCACAGGCUAUGAGUGACCAAGGCUGCGUUUGAAUAGAAUGAUCUCUCUCUCUCUCUCUGUGCAGCUUCAAGUUCGCCAUUAAUGGAGGUCAGUGGAGCUUGCUCUCAACAUUCAGCCUGUCAAAAAUGGCGGCUUUUGCUGGCCGAGUCUUCUGUAACAUAGAAGAAGCUCUCAGAUUAUAUCUGGUACAAUUUCGCCAUUCGCUUUGCACUAUCCCUAUUGUGAAACAUAGUGGUCAGUAAUAAAUUUAAUCAUUAUUUAAUUUAAGAAAAUGUGAAUCUUUUGUAAAAAUUCAUCUAUUUUGUAAUUUAUGCUCUUUAAUCUCUGUUUUUUUCGUUAAUUUCAUUUUUCCUUUUGGAUAAUUACAUUC